AUGGCUGAUGCUGCACAACUGGAAAUUCCUCCAGAAUGUGUGAGCAGUCAAACUGCAAAAUGCCAAGAGGAAAGUACGUCAGGACAGAUACAUGAAAUUGGUUCUGAAAGUCAAUGUAGUGAAAAAACCAAAGAAAACAUUGGCUGCAAAGUUGUUCAAAAUGAGCUACUGGAAAUCUGCAAAGCAUCUAACAAUCCUGAGGAGCAGUCACAGUCAUUCUCUGAAAAUCUGACUGAGAAUUCUCAUGUUGAAAAUUUGGGACUGCCUGCUGAAGAUGUGAACAAGAGUAGUCAAAGCGGUGCUCAAAAUGUAACCAAGAAUUCUCUUACUGAACAAUUGGAAAUGCCUCAUGAAGAUCCUUAUGUGAAUAAUCAGACUGAUAAAACUUCAUGCUCUGGACAAAUUUCAUUGGAACAGACAAAUGAUUCUGGUUUUGGAACUUCAUCUAGCGAACCAGCUGAAGAAAAGCAUCCUUCUGGCUCAUUUUGUGUACAAAAUGAACUGUUACAAACCAUUAUGCCACUACCCAUCUGCAGUGGCAAUGAACAAUUGCAGCCAAUUAGUGAAAAUGUGAACAUGGCUUCUCUCAAUGACCAAGCAGGACUGCCUCCUGAAGAUGUGAGCAAGACUUGUCAGACCGAAAAAAUUUCAUGCUCUCACCAAAUUACAUUACAGCAGAUAAAUGAAUUUGGUUCUGGAAGUCUACCUAGUGAACCAGCAAAAAAGAAAGAUCAGCUUGACUCUGUACCUGCCCAAAAUGAUGAAGUUAAAACUAGCAAAGCAGUAUCCAGCUCUAUUGUUUUUGAAGAACCGGGGCCCUCUAUUGAAGCUAUGAGCGAGGAUUCUCCUAUUGGACAUUCAGAACCACCCCUUGAAGAUGCAAUCAAGAGUCUUAGUGAUAAAGAAAUGGAACCACUUCCAGAAGAUGUGACCCAAAAUUCUAGUCUUCAACAGUUGGAAACACCAUCGAAGAAUGCAUUGAAGAUUUCUAGCUGCUUAGGACCUAAGGAUAAGAAAAAUCCAAAAUCAAGAAAGAGGAAGUAUAUGUCUAGAUCUUUUGUUCGCAGUGACCGAGUUCUGCGCUCAAGGACAGGGGAGAAAGAGAAACCUAAAGAUCUUAAAUUAAGUAAUAAUGUUGCAACUCUUGAAUCCAGUAAUAGUAUUGCCAAUGUAAGUAACGGAGAAGAGAAAAAAAGGAAGAAGAGAAAGAACAGACGAGACAAUAGAGCCAUAGCUGAUGAAUUUUCAAGAAUCAGGACGCAUCUGAGAUAUUUGCUGAACCGGAUAGGCUAUGAGAAAUCUCUGAUUGAUGCUUAUUCUGGUGAAGGUUGGAAAGGAUCCAGUCUGGAAAAACUAAAGCCAGAAAAGGAGCUUCAACGAGCUACUUCUGAAAUACUUAGACGCAAGUUGAAGAUAAGAGAUCUAUUUCAACGUCUUGAGUCACUAUGUGCCGAAGGAAUGUUUCCAGAAUCUUUAUUUGAUUCCGAAGGACAGAUUGACAGUGAGGAUAUAUUCUGUGCAAAAUGUGGGUCCAAGGAUGUGUCUCUUGAUAAUGAUAUUAUCCUCUGUGAUGGUGCUUGUGACCGUGGGUUCCACCAGUUCUGUCUAGAGCCACCACUUUUGAGUGAAGACAUCCCCCCUGAUGAUGAGGGUUGGCUAUGCCCUGGAUGUGACUGCAAAGUUGAUUGCAUUGAUUUACUUAAUGACUCUCAAGGAACAGAUCUUUCUGUCACUGACAGCUGGGAGAAGGUAUUUCCUGAAGCAGCUGCAGCAGCAUCAACAGGAGAAAAUCAGGACAACCAUGGACUUCCAUCAGAUGAUUCUGAUGAUAAUGAUUAUGACCCUGAUGGUCCAGAAACGGAUAAUAAAGUUGAGGGAGAAGAAUCAAGUUCUGAUGAAUCUGAAUAUGCAUCUGCGUCUGAUGGACUUGAGACUCCAAAAAGUAAUGACGAGCAGUACUUGGGGCUUCCUUCUGAGGAUUCAGAGGAUGAUGACUAUAAUCCUUAUGCUCCAGAUGUCAAUGAGGAUGUUAGGCAGGAAAGUUCAAGUUCUGAUUUUACAUCGGACUCUGAGGAUCUUGGAGCUGCUCUUGACAAUAAUAUUAUGUCUUCCAAAGAUGUUGAAGGUCCCAAAUCAACGUCAUUGGAUGAUAGUAAGCCUCAUAGAGGCUCUGGCGAACGAAGUUCCAGACGCGGGCAAAAGAAACAUUCUUUAAAAGAUGAGUUGAUAUCUUUAUUAGAGUCAGGUCCUGGCCAAGGUGAAUCAGCAUCUCUUUCUGGGAAAAGACACAUAGAAAGGUUGGACUACAAAAGGCUGCAUGAUGAGGCAUAUGGAAAUGUUCCUACUGAUUCAAGUGAUGAUGAAGAUUGGAAUGAUAUUGCCAUACAAAGGAAAAGGAAGAAAGGUACUGGACAAGUUGCUAAUAGGUCACCAAAUGGAAAAACGUCAAACAUUAAGAAUGGAGUAAUCACCAAAGAUAUAAAACCUGAUGUAGACGAGAAUGAGAAUACUCCUAGGAGAACGCCUCAUCGAAAGUCAAAUGUUGAAGAUACAAGUAAUUUGUCAAAUAAAUCACCUAAGGGCUCUACUAAGUCUGGUUCGACUAGUGGGAGAGCUGGAUCAUCAAGAUCAACAUAUAGCAGACUCGGGGAAGCUGUAACUCAGAGACUCUGCAACUCCUUCAAGGAGAACCAUUAUCCAGACCGAUCUAUGAAGGAAAGUCUGGCCCGGGAACUAGGACUAAUGGCUAAGCAGGUAAGCAAAUGGUUUGAAAAUGCUCGCCACUGUUUAAAAGUGGGUGUGGAUAAAAGUGCUUCAGAAAAUUGUGCCCCGUCCCCUCAAACAAAUAGAAAACAACUUGAACAAGGAGAUGCAAUUGUUGGAGAUUCUGAUCACAAUGGAGCUCAAAACAAGGAAUUACACAGGACAGGUGAUCCUAUGAUAGGUUGCUGCAGUAGGGAUGUCAAGGAUCGUGAAUUGGUGUCUCCGGGAAGCAGCAGAUCAAAGCUUAGUACUCCAAACAAUAGAAAGAGAAAGCGUAGAUCAGAUGAUCCUGAUCCAAAAACUGAGACACCAGCACCUCCUGCUGAACCAGAAACUAAUAGAAAACCUAGCAGAGUUAUGACUAGACGAAGGAAAUCUGUUGCUUGA